CGCAGUCAUCAGUCCUCAACCCUCAAAAUGAACCAUAGCUGUACUCUGUUCCUUACUCCCUCCACUAUUUGCUCCAAUUUCGCACCCAAAUUCAAUGGCCUCAACACUUUCAAGAUUCUCACCAACACAAGGAAAUCAUCCAAAAUAAGCUGCUCUGGCGCCGACAAUUCUCAAAAUCAACAGCAACAACUCAAUCUAUCCGUUCUUCGCUUCACGUUAGGAAUUCCUGGAUUGGAUGAAUCGUAUUUACCCAGAUGGAUUGGCUAUACAUUUGGAUCUCUUCUGAUUUUGAAUCACUUCUUGGGUUCGAAUUCAACCACCGUGACGCCGGCCCAGCUUAGAACGGAGUUACUUGGUCUUUCUUUGGCAGCAUUCUCCGUCAUGCUUCCCUACAUUGGGCAGUUUCUGAAGGGUGCUACUCCGGUGAUUCAAGCAAACAUCCCUGAAGGCGCUGAGCAAAUCUUUGCAAUGUCACCGCAUAUAUCUGAAACCAUGAAGGAGGAUUUAGCCUGGGGAUCCUACACACUAUUACGUAACACAAACACCAUUUCUGUGCUUAUAUCUAUCCAAGAUGUGAUAUGCGUACGUGGCUAUUGGAACACACCCAAAACCAUGAAUUUAUCAAAAGAAGAAGCUGUUGAAUGGUUUAAGGAACAAAUACAACGUAUUGGCCUCUUUAAUUUGACAGAUACCCUUUAUUUUCCUCAAAGAUCAGAUUCUGAGCUCUGGGACAUGCUUCCUGAAGAGACACGUUCUCUAUUGGUUUUGCCUGUGCUUAAAGGGAAUAACUCUAAAGACAAGAUUAGAGGUUUUGAGGGAUUGAGAAGAGAAGUUUUUUUGUAUUUGGGGAGUGUUUGGAUGUGUGUUUUGAAAGUGAUAAGUGGAUAAUCAGCUGUAAAAACAAUGUAUAGUAGGAUAUACUUAUUUUAGAUCGAAUGAAAUAAUAAAUAGGAUAAAUUACACGAAUGGUCCUUGUGGUUUGGGGU